GUUAUUUUAUUUAUUGAUUCAUUUUAAUUGAAAGAAAUCGAUCCUCACGAUGUCAAUAAAAUCUGCCGAUGCACUAACAAAUAAGUUGCAGCAUGAUCUGCUGAAUGAGUUGAUAACAACAAAUCAUCUUCUGCAAUUAAUCUCUCAAGAAUUACAAGAGAUCAAACAACUCACAAGAUCUGGUGGGGAAUUUGAAGCAAAUGUUGCUAAGAACACCACCCUAACAAAACUACUGGCCGAUAUGCAUCAUAUUGAUUUAGACAAACUACCACCAGUUGCACGACUGCAAAUAGACUUGAACCAUCCAUCAAAUCAAAAUCAAUCUCACGAGGAACAUGACACGUUUAGGAAUAACUCCACUAUGGAAGUAGAUAAAUAAAGACGAACUUUUUGAAAAUAAUUAUGCUGAAUUAUUAGGAUAAGCAAAAAAUAAAUGAGCCAAUAAUA